GAUACAGUUGAUUUGAUAUAUUCUUCGAUUUGAAAAUUAUAAAUUCCCCUAAAACGUCAUCUUGUUUUGUCAGGAAGUUUUGUAAGGAAGAGUUGGUAGAUAGGUUCAGUAGGUAUUCGACAUCAUGGCCAAUAUGAUUAGUGACUUUUAAUUCCAAGCGUUUAUGGAGCGUUUACUGGCAUAAUGAUAGCGGGUGUUUAUGGUUGUGGUAUGGUAGUUGAAUAGCAUGUUGAAAAGUGAUUUAUAACAAUAAAAAGUAAAAGUAAUUACUUUGUAUAAUGCAACUAUAAUUGAGUAUUUUAGACAUACAUAAUAAAACAAUAUAUUUUAUUGUAUUAUAAAAUGCUGUCGACUGUUUUGAAGUCUGUAUUUGGUUAUGAUAAUUUCAAAAGCGAUGUUCAAGAACGAGCAACCACCGCUGUUUAUAAAGGUAAAAACGAUGUGUUUGUAUGUAUGCCAACUGGUGGUGGCAAAUCACUUUGUUUUCAAUUGCCAGCAGUAAUGAAAGAAAAUAAAGUCACAAUUGUUUUUUCGCCUCUAUUAGCUCUAAUGAAGAAUCAAGUAGAUUUUUUAGUUAGUAAAAAGAUAAAUGCUACCUCAUUAAAUUCAAAUACAUCCACAAAAGAAAGAAAUGCAAUAAUGAAGGAUUUAACAUCUAAUACACCAAAGAUCAAAUUAUUGUAUGUUACUCCUGAAAUGGGAGCACAACCACAUUUUCAAGAUACAAUAGUAAAACUAAGAAAAGCAAAAGCACUGUCAUAUUUUGUUAUUGAUGAAGCUCAUUGUUUAAGUCAGUGGGGUCAUGAUUUUAGACCCAGUUACAGACAAUUAGGUGCAUUUAAAAAAUUAUGUCCCCAAAUUCCUAUAAUUGCUUUAACAGCUACUGCUGCAAAGGAGGUUAAAGAUGAUAUACUUCAAUCCUUAAAUAUGAAAAAUCCUUUGAUAUUUUCAGUGCCUGUCUUUCGACCUAAUCUUUAUUAUGAUAUAAGGUUUUUAGAAAUAUUAGACAAGCCAUUUGAACAUUUAAAGAAUUUUAUUUUAGAAGCGCUUGGCUCUCAAGAUGAAUCUACUCCAAAAGUGAAGAAAAAUUGUGGUAUCAUUUAUUGUAGAAAGAAGGAAGCAACUGAAGUGAUUGCACAUAAAUUGUCUAAUUCUGGUGUACAGACUUUAGCAUAUCAUGCUGGUUUGAAAAAUCAAGAGCGUAAUGAGGUUCAAAAUAAAUGGACAUCAGGUGAAGUACCUGUUAUUGCAGCUACAUGCAGUUUUGGAAUGGGUGUAGAUAAAGGAUCUGUUAGAUUUGUGGUGCAUUGGACAGUCCCUCAAAAUAUAGCAGCAUACUACCAAGAAUCUGGUAGAGCAGGUAGAGAUGGUAAACCGGCUUUUUGUAGAAUUUAUUUUAGUAAUGAAGAAUACGGGCCUAUCGCGUUUCUUAUUAAAGAAGAAAUUACGCGGAAAAAUUCGGAACUUGUAAAAUUAAAAUGGAAAAAUUUUGAAAAAACAGUGUCAUAUUGUCUUGAAGCAAAAUGUAGGCAUGCAGUAUUUUCUAAAUACUUUGGUGAUAGUCCACCACCGUGUAAAAAUAGAUGCGACGUUUGUGAGAACAAAGAUGCUGUUCAAUCAAGGAUAUCACAAUUUGAAAUGUCUCAAACUAGAUCACAUAGACCUGGUGGUAAUUUCAGAUCACAUAAAUCUAGUAGUGGUUUAAGUGAUGUGGCAUUGCCAAAGUAUGAUAAUGACGAAGAUGAGUGCACAGAAAAUCCAGUUUCAAGAGAAAGACUUUUAGCGGAAAGCAAACGAGAAUCCAGAGAACUAAUCGAAAAACAGUUUGCACUUCGGAGAAAUAAUAGUAAAAAUGAUGAGAUAAGAAAACAAAAUCUUGAAGAUGCAAAAGAAUCUCCCGUAUGCGCAGCUGCAAGUACUGAUAUAAAAAUAAAGGGUUUGACUGUCCAAGUGCGGGAACACUUUUAUGUUCAAUUAAAGUUAGCAUUAGCAGAUAACUAUGAAAAAAUGUCUUCGGAAACAAAAGAGCAACUUCAAGAGAAAGAUAUACAUAACAUAGCAUUUGAGCUUGAAUAUAAAGCAUUAUGUAAUUCCAAAGUUGCAAAUAAGUAUAAGUUUGAUAUGUCUAAAUUGAUAUCUUCUGUGCGGAAGUGUAUUAACACUAAUACAGUUCACGAAUGUUUACGUGAUUAUAAUACAAAAAGUAAACAGAAUAUAGAAUCAGGAUGUUUGAAUGAUGAUACUGCUUGGAAAAGCAAACAAGAUGAAAUAGGUGACAGGCUAGAUACACGAAAUGAAAGUGUGUUAAAUAAAUUUUGUAAUAAAGACAUUCGCGUUCCUUCCCAAGAAUCAAGUGCCAUAAGCAAAAAUAUGUUAUUUCCUACAUUUAAGACUGCUUUAGAAUUUAGGAAUGACGAGAAAGUAACAAAAGUCUCAUCUAACAGUAAUAACAAAUAUUUAUUUCAUGCAAGCAUUUUAAACAAUGACAAUAAAGAUAGUGCAACAGGAACGGGAUUUAAAGUCAAUAAACGUACUAUUGACUUUAGUGAUAGUGUAGAUGAAAAAGAUAAUACCGUAAAAAAUGUCAAAUCUUUCGAAUUAACUGGUUUCACAUGCGCUCGAAAACUCCACGAAGAAAAUAAAAUGAUAUAUAAAUGUCUUGACAAGAAAUCACGAAAAUCAUCGCAGGAAGUUGUGAAACCGGAUAUAAAAAUUAAAAAAACACCUCGUGCAACUAAAACAGUAUACGAGCAGAUUUUGAAAUCUGCGAAAUCGGAAACUGGCGUUGCAAUUAAAGAAAUUAUUUCUUCAACUUGCAAUGAAUCAAUUUCAAUGAAUGAUACAAAUGAUGAUAGUACAAAUAUAAUUACAAAUUCAACACAAUCGAAAAAUGAAAGUAAAAGACGGCGUGCAGACUCAUCUGGAAAUUAUGUAGAUACUGAAUCAAAUAAAAGAGUGAAGGUCGAUGAAGAGAAAUUUCCUGAAGGAAAUAAUGAAGAAAUUACUGAUCACAGUUAUAAAGAUAGUAUAAAUGAAAUUGUCAAUCGAACAAAAGAUAAAAUUAUAGAUAUUAAAAAUGAAAAAUUGUCGUCAAAUGUAAAAAAUAAGAGUAAAGAAAUAGUACCAAAAGAUGAGAGUACGGGAAUUGAACAUUCAGAGUUAAAAAAAUUUUCAGAAGAGACACGUCAUAAAACAAGUCGUCCUAAACAACACUCAGGUGAAAAGAAUAAGAAGAUCAUGGUGCCUGCUGAUAAAGCCACGCAAUUUAAGACUGCAGAAAUUUUAAAAUCGUAUUUAAUGAAGUACUAUCCAUCCAAACAUAUACCUGAUAGAACAACAUUUUCCAAAACUUGUAGAGAAAUGCACCAUACUAUACUAGGUCAAAAAAUAUUCGACAAAGAGGGAAUACAGAAAUUCGUUAAGAAACAUAUGACAGAAUUAAUAUCUACGGAAAAUGUUUAGCAGAAUCAAUGGCCCUUGAUAGCAAUUAAAAUAUAUUUGUAUAUAUGUCUACAUAAAUAUGGAAUCAUAAAUUCUUGUAAUUAUCUACUUUAUUUAUUUUGUAUACGACAUAAUAUUAUCUGUAUAUAAAAGACCGCUACUAGUUAGUUAUAUUUAAACCCCAAAUAGCUUCAGUGUGAAAUUUAAAUUCCUUAAAUUUUUGUAUUUAUCGAUUUUUUAAUUAUAUUUUGUAAGCUUAAUAAUGCAUUUAUAGACACAUGUAUAUUAAAACUAUAGUUU